AUGCUCGUAGUUCAGACCAAGACAGGUGCUUCUAGUCAACAGUGGCAUCUCCAGAGCGGCAAUAGCACUAUUAUAUAUGUGCCGGACACCACACUCUGUCUCGAUGCAGGUGCUCAAAGCAACUGGAAAGACAUGUCCAGGGUUUACCUCGUGACAUGCGCCCCGACAUCCGUUUCACAGCAGUGGGACAUUAUGGCCGAUGGCCGGAUCGCUCUUGUUGCGUCUAAGCCCCAGGAAUGCUUGGAUCUCCAGUACAUGCGCGCCGUGCCGAACAACCCUGUUGGACUCUACAGCUGUGCAGGCUUAGGAGGUAUUGGUGCAGCAGAUAAUGGUCUUAACUGGCCACUAGUGAAUGCAACGAGUUAG